AAACCCUACUCUGCGGUAUACUAUAUAUAUAUACUAUAUGAUGACAAUCACAUUUUCAAAUAUUCACAACAUCAUAAAUCCCAACUUUUCAUCCAUCAAACACUUUAUCAACAUACAUGGAUCACUCCUCCUUUUCAAACCCUAGUUCGUGCGGCUCCACUUCCGCGGCGAAGAAGAAGGAGAGGGCCACCGCUGCCGCCGUGAAGCUCUCGACCGACCCCCAGAGCGUGGCGGCGAGGCAGCGGCGGCACCGCAUCAGCGACAGGUUCAAGAUUCUGCAGAGCCUGGUCCCCGGCGGGUCGAGGAUGGACACGGUGUCGAUGCUUGAGCAAGCGAUUCAGUAUGUCAAGUUUCUCAAGAAUCAGAUUUGGCUGCACCAGGCCAUGAUCGAUUUGGUUGAUACUGCUCCCGCUGUUUCCGCCUUUCAACCCAAUCAUUCCGCGCUUAAUUAUGAUGAUGGGGCGUGCGAUGAUUGCUACGCCGUGGAUCGGAUGCUGGCGGAGGGCGGGGAAUUGCUGGAGUCUUGGUUUUCCGGUGAACAUAUUUGGGGUUCUGAUGCCUCUAUGCAGAACUGAUUUCCUCUAUCUCUCUCUAGCUAGGUUAAUUGGAAACAAGAUUUGCUGAAUAUGUGCUUGCUUUUUAGUUAUAUGCUAGCUAUAUUGAUAUGUGCUUAAUUUUUGUACUGUUUCCUAUGCUUGUAAAAAUUAUGAUG